GCUGAAAAAUACGCAAAAAUAUAUAAGAAAAUUGUUGGUUUUAAAUAAAUAAAUAACUGAGCAACAACGCACACGUCUGUAUGGAAAAGUGCAGUGCGCGUUUCACAUCAUAAUUAAAAUGCCACAGAGCCUAAGACAAAAAAUAUACACAAAAUUUAUAAAAUAUAUAACACCAGCUGCAUGUGGCGUUCGCGCAGAAACUCAUUAGUUUUCCCAUACGCAAAACUAACAACAACAACAAAAAGAGUGGAAAAUAAAUUAAAGUAUCUGACGGCUGCGCAGUGUUCGAGCUGAGCUGUAAUUUUAAACGCAUUUUUAGCGCAUGUUUUGACAUUGAAAUAAGCAGAACAGACGGUGCCGCCGCAGAAUUAAACGUGAAAAUCUUCAAACGUUCAAACGGAUAUAUAGCUAAAGCCGAAGAUAUAUAGACGGUCUAUCGGGCAAAGAUGACGACGCGUGGCAUACGCCGUAAAAAGUCCACACUAACUGAAUUGAAAAUAGCUGUAAUUGGGCGCAACAGUGUGGGCAAGAGUGCCCUAAUUGUGCGUUUCUUGACAAAGCGUUACAUAGGUGAGUACGAUCACCAGACUGAGAACCGCUACAAGCACGAGGCCAUGGUGGAUGGUGAGCCGGUGCUGUUCGAAAUACUGGACACAUGUCCCAAGGCUGAUGAUGAGUUUCCCAAUGCCGCAGAGCUAAUCAACUGGGCAGAUGGCUUGCUGCUUGUCUACUCCAUCACAGAUCGCAAGAGCUUCAACUAUAUACGUCGCGCCAAAUCAGAUCUACAGUCGGACACGCCUGUGCAGCUCUGUGCCAACAAGGUGGACAUGGUGCAUCUGCGUCAAGUUAGUCGCGACGAGGGCGAAAUACUGGCCAAAGACUUUGAGUGCAAGUUCAGCGAAGUCUCUGCCGCCGAUCAUGUCGAUCAGGUGGCCGAGGUGUUCAACGAGCUCUGCAAGGAGGUGCUCGCCUCGAAACGCAAGUCAAAGCAGAGUCUGCUGGAGCGCAUGCUCGGCGGCGCCCGGCCCUAUAGCAGAGGCAAGAGCGACAGUAAUUUGCCAAAAGACUGAAAUCGCAGUUGCUUACAUGCAAAUGUAAAUAAAUGUACAUUUCAACCAAGAAGCUUAGUAUGCAAGGCGAGUGUGUUUAUAGUUAGAAUUUAAAGAAAGUAAUUUGUAGUAUUUAAAGUCCAGCACUCAACUGUAAAUACUCUGCAAUUAAUUUAUGUGUAAUGCAAGUUGUUUGAAUUAA